AGCGCGUUCAUCGUAUUUUCAUUGCUUUAUAGCCACUCCGCAGUCGUCAAUAAGUCUAUGAAGCAGUCCUACGGAAUCUACAGACACUAAAAGCUACCCAGCGUAUGCUAGUCUAUCAGUAACUAGUAAAACAAGUCGCCCAGGGUCAUUGAAACGGAUCUACAUCCUUUAAUGGUAGAGCUGAAGUCGCUACAUCGAGUGAACAUGGUCCAAACCUGGCAGUAUGAGGCGAUUUAGUAUACUAUUUAAGCAUGAGCGGACAAUGACCCAAUGAUAAAUACCUGUGACUGGUGACUGUUACCCGGUUGAGAGAAAGUUCGCCUGCUGCACACUUUCACUCUAUUCUAACUAUCGAUAUGGCAGCAGAGAGACCUACCGUUGUCAUUGUACCUGGUGCAUGGACUGUACCUGCGGCGUAUCGAAAACUAGUCGAUGUUUUGAAAGCCAAAUCUUUCGACGUUCGUAUCCCGGCCUUACCAACUAAUAAUGGGAUUCGACCCCCAAAUUCGUCUUUUGAGGCCGACGUGGCUGCUGUGCGAGCGAUUGUAGAACCACUUGUCCAAGAUAGCAAAGAGGUUUUUAUGUUGAUGCACUCCUACGGUGGCUCGGUGGGUACCAACGCAGUUGGGGGACUUGCUGUAAAGGACCGUCAAGCGAAGAACCUUCCUGGUGGAGUCGUACAUUUGCUAUACCUUUCUGCGUAUCUUUUGGCGAAAGGUCAGAGCGUCUGGAAGGUGGUUGAGAAAUCGGGAAUAAUGGAAGAAGUUAGACCACAUAUUACCUUCGAGGAGGAUGGCACCUGGUUCCUUGGCAAUCCUAUUUGGGCGAUGUAUCAUGACCUCGAUCCCGCAGACCAGGAGGAGCAGAAAAGUCUCCUCCAAAUACAAAACUUCUCGGCCGUGAAGGGCGAGGUAACAUACGAAGCAUGGAGAGAUAUUCCAAGCACUUAUGUUUAUACACCAGAGGAUCGAUGUAUGCCUGCGUUGUACCAGGAUAUUUGCAUUGGCAACACGAAGGAGGCUGGCAUUCCUCUGAACGUUGUGGUUUUCGAGAACUGUGCCCAUUCAGCAUAUGUGAAACAUCCAAAGGAAGUGGCCGACAUUGUUGUUAAGGCGUCGAAAUCUGAUUAAUGUCGUGUUGGAAUAUCGUUUUUCACUUCAUAUCUGUUCAUAAAAGGAGAAAUAGUCUCAAAACGCGAAUCAAUCGACUCCUGAGGCUAUGGGGAAGAGGAACAAUGUUAUUUUCCCUCAAAGGCGAGGAUUGAUGUCUGAAACAAAGAGGAAGGAGGGAAAGAAUAGCAUGAGCUGAACUGAAUCUAAAGAAAUGAUUACAUAAUCA